GCCGAUUAAUUAUUGAUCAGGGUGCAAUCAGACCUUUUUCAAUAUUCCAAAAGAACAAUGCUACAUCAAAAGCCAUGCUAGCGAGUUUAACUUGCUGUACGUGUGUUGGUAUGGGAUUUACGUGAGAUUCGAAAGGAACCAUUGGGAUUUCUUAUGGCCGCUGAGAGCCGCUUUGGAUUGGUGAAUCUGAGAGACAGAAGCGGGAGACAGGGAACCGAAUAACCCGCUGGUGUCAAUCAUCGCUUGUGGGCGGGGCUUACUGUGUUGGCAAGAUCGAGGCUACAGAGAAGGAACUCAAUAACCAUAGAAUAUUGGCAAGAGAAAAUCAAGAAAGAUGAGGUUGCGGAGGCCGUAUAGAGUUUUAGUGAUUUGGAUUGCAAACAUAUAUGUAUUUAUUUGUCAGGUGAAUUCAACAGGAAUUUUUGAACUAAAUUUAAAAAGGUUCGAAAAUGAAAAUGGGGUUAAUUCUGACGGGAACUGUUGCGCGGGGGUGAGGACCGGUGACAGGUGCUCGUCUUGGUGUCGUACCUUUUUUCGGGUGUGUCUGACCCACUACCAAGCCACCAUAACAGACGAUGUCCACUGCAACUUUGCAGAAAAGUUUACCCCAGUACUGACUUACGGGAACAACUCUGUGGACUUCACCAACCUUCCUGUCAAAUUUGACAUCCCAAUCAAGUUCCCAUUUAUGUUUGCUUGGCCGGGGACUUUCUCGUUGAUUAUAGAAGCCUGGCACGACAGCACUAAACAGGGACCAACCACGGGCAGUGCACGAGAGCUGAUCUACCGACUAUCUGCACAGAGGUCCGUAGAAGUGGGGUCGUCAUGGCAACAGUUUACUCGCACAGAGAACACCAUGACUUUAGAGUACGCGUACAAAGUGGAAUGUAGCGAGUACUACUAUGGUCCGGGAUGUGUCAACUUCUGCCGACCCAGGGACGACCAAUUUGGCCAUUACGUCUGUGACGAGAAUGGAGAAAAAGUCUGUAUGCAGGGGUGGAAAGGCGACUACUGCGAUCAAGCUGUAUGUCUGCCCGGCUGCCACCCUGAUCACGGGAUUUGUGACAAGCCCAAUGAAUGCCAAUGUCGGGCGGGGUACGAGGGAAUCUUCUGUAAUACAUGCAUUCGGUAUCCAGGAUGUCUGCAUGGAACCUGCACCGAGCCAUGGCAGUGUAACUGCAAAGAGGGCUGGGGAGGACUGUUCUGUAACCAAGAUUUGAAUUACUGCACUCACCACUCACCCUGUAGAAAUGGGGGAAUCUGUAAGAAUACUGGUCAAGGUAGCUACACCUGCGAUUGUCCCAGCGGAUUCAUGGGGACAAACUGUGAGGUGGAGGUUAAUAACUGUGAACAACAGCCCUGUGCUAAUGGAGGCACCUGUAAGACUGUUGGUGAGGGCUUUGUGUGUGACUGCCCAGAAGGUUUUACUGGAAGACGAUGUGACAUCAUGGGAAGUUCCUGUGAAACUAACCCCUGUCUAAAUAACGGAACAUGUAUGGAAGUGGAUGGGGUAUACCAGUGCAAGUGUAUGGAGGGCUUCACAGGAUUUUAUUGUGAUGUGGAACGAAAUGAGUGUGUUUCGCGUCCUUGUCAUAAUGGUGGCCGCUGCAUUGAUGAAGUGAAUGGAUUUCGAUGUAUCUGCACUGCCGAGUAUAAGGGACCUACAUGCUCUGAAAACAUUGAUAACUGUGUAAAUAAUCCCUGCUACAAUAAUGGCACCUGUAUUGAUGGGGACAAUGACUUUACCUGCAAAUGUAGGCCCGGAUUUGUGGGACAGUUGUGUCAGGAGAAUGUCCCUGAUUGCGACGGUCAUCCUUGUGCAAAUGGAGGAACUUGUCACGAUGAAGUGAAUGAUUUCCGAUGCACGUGUGCAACAGGCUGGGAAGGAAAGGACUGUUCCAUAAACAUAGACGAAUGUAACAGCAGUCCAUGUCAGAAUGGUGGUGUGUGCACAGAUUUUGUUGGAUACUAUGAAUGCUUGUGUGUCUCAGGAUUUUAUGGUAACAACUGCCAGUAUUCCAACGGACAGGUGCCCAACACCCAAGCACCCAAACCUCAACCAACCGUAAAUUCCUCGGCACUCGCAUCUACAGAGAAAUCCGAGGAUAUCACCAUGAUUCAGUUGGUCCUAAUUGUCUGCCUUGGGGCGGGAAUUCCCCUUCUUCUCAUCAUCAUUGUCGUCAUUUUCCUUUUACUUCGCAAACGCAACAAUCCGGCUGAGAGGCUGGACACCAGUAAAGAGCACCAGCAAAAUGUGGUUAAUACCAUCAACAAUAAACUUUCAGACUCCACCAUCUUCACAACAUCAUCGACAAUCAGUGGCAAAUUGACCAAUUCAGAAAAACAGAAUGACUUUAAUAAUUAUAGUGCAUCAGGAGGGAACCUGACUCCUGAUAAAUCUAAUAAUAAGAUUUUAUUAAACACAAAAGACUUAAAUCUUCAUCAUGAACAAUUUACAAAAUCUUCUUCGACAUCUUCGGCGGAGAAGUAUAAUUAUGACCCUGACGCUGCAAGGGGUGGAGGUUCCAGCAGCCUAAUGAAAUCAUCAAAUAAUGAAAAUAGUAGUAAUUGUUAUGACCACAGUGCGACUAUUCACACAAUAGGCAAGUCUAAGGCGUUUCAGAGGGACGCAGACAGAAAUUCCACAGUUUUACUUGAUCACCCGUCAGUGCAUCGACAUUCAUUUCUCGCCACGGAAGUGUGACAUUCUCCCUGGCUUCUCUUUAUUUGACCAAUUUUUUUUUUGCAAUACAUCAUAUCACGUGAUGUGCUCGCACAUAACGCACAAAAAGCACUGUGCUUCAUUGGAUUAAUUUAUCAAGUGCCUUCAGUAUUUCUAAUGCCAGGAAUACGGGCUGUUACUAUGGAAACUGUCUCCAAGACAAUUGUUUUGUAUAACUGAUAAUCAUACUUUUAACUAAUUUCAACAUUAGGCUGCAAGUCUGUUUGCUAUUUUAUGCAAUGCUUGGGCAUACUUUUUGUUUGCUUUUUCCCGAUUGAGAUGUUGUCAUCUAAAGUUUGAUUAUCCAGUGCAGGCCAUCUGCAGCCAAGAAUGGAAUUCAUAUCAGAAAAAAAAAUUGGUGGGAAAAAAUGAGUGCAGGCACUGCCAUGUGAUAUUUAGUCCCUCCAUGUUACAAUGACCUUGUUUCAAUGACCUUGAAUGUGAGGAGUGCUUGUAUGUCUGUUAAACAGAAGUCGAUUAAAAAUGAGUGUCAAUUUUUGAUUGCAAGCUAAUAAGUGUGCAUUGUUGUGUUAUCUGGUUUUGCCAAUGCUUCAAGUAAUGUUGAAAUUUCUGUACACUAUUGUCUUUAGUCAAGGUGUAGCUAUAUGAAAUGUGCAUAAUAUAUAUAGUGGCAAACCAAUGUGUUUAAUGUUAUGUAAUUUAUUUGUCUAAAACAGUAUUGGUCUCUUCCAGUCCAGUUAAUCAUGCGAAAUUUAUAUAGGGCAUUUUUGUAUGAGCUUUUAUAUUGAAAUUUUUUAUGUCUAAAAUUCUUUGUGUUAAUAAUUUUCUGAAUCCUGAGCCCGAUCCUCUAUUCUGAUCAAUUUUUUUUUUCUCUGAAAAUGAACAAAUCGGUUUGUGGACUUCCCGAUGCUUCACCUACCAUUCCACCUGGGCCAAGCCCGCUGUCAAUUACAUUGUUUGCACAUCUUGUGAAUUUUCGCAUAACUCAAUGGAUGACAAAAAUGUUAACAUCAUGGUUUUUUUUAUAUUUUGUUACUGAAAAAAGUGCUUAAUAAGCAUUCCACAAUCAUUUUGUCAUAUCUAAUCUCUGUAUUGUAACAGAAAACAAUUGAUCACAUAUUUUGAGAAGAAAAACUACAUUUUUUGACCUUCAUAGAUACAGCCAUUAGCCUUGUCCUGUCAUGUCUCACUUGAAUGCCCCAUUGUCUGUGAUUGGUUUAAUGUACAUAUAAUGUAUAUUUAUAGAAAAAAUGUUUGGUUGUACAUAUUUGUUAUGACAUUAUUAUAUUAUUAAUUUUCAUGAAAACAUCAAUUAAAAAAGAGUCACAAAUAUUUUU